AUGUGGAAGCUCAACAAGAGCAGCAAAGUUCUGCUGGACGACUCGCCCGAGGAGGAGGAGACGCGUCCCCGCGGGCCGCCGCCCGCCGCCGCCUUCGCGGCCCCUCAGAAUAAAGACCAGUUUCUUCAUGAUGAAGUUUCAUCUUCAAUGUCACAUCUUGCAACAAAGGUUCAAGGUGCAAGUUUCCGGGGUUGGAAGGACGUGACGUCCAUGUUCAAUAAAGAUGAUGAGCAGCAAUUGCUAGCAGGAUGCAAGUCUCCAAAAUCCAAAGGAACAAACCUAAAAUUAAAGGAAGAGAUGAAGUCUGAAAAGAAGCCAGGUUUUUGGGACAGUUUGGUGAUAAAGCAGAAUGUUCCAUCAAGGAAACCAGAUGAGAUUGAGGGAUGGGAACCACCACAGAUUACCACUGCUGACUCUACCAGUGAUGCAGCAACUCCUUUAAGUGACUAUACAGCCUGGUCAGGCUGGGAAGAUGAAACCAAAGGCUCCACAAAAUACACAAACCUGGCCAGCUCAGGAAACAGUUCCAGGUGGAGUAUCAAAUCAGCUGGAAAGCUGGUUAGUAUUAGACGUCAAAGCAAAGGUAACCUUACUGACAACUGGGAAGAACUAGAAUGA